GACAUGGCUUGCAUUGGUGACGAAUCAUGGAAAUUUUCCUACAACAGCGCUAUUAUUGACUUCAUCAUCAACGAUGAUAACGAACAAGACAAACGAACGGACGCUCCCCGACUGAAACCCCUCCCUCACAAAACAAUCUCCGAAGACCUGAUGGACUUCCUUGCCUCCGAGGAGCUGUGUACCAAAACCCCCACUUCAGUGACCUUCAAAUCCAUUGAAGAUCCUCUUCCCUCAUACGAAGGAAACUUCGCAACGCUGACUAACGACUACGAGCAGAAGACAGUAACAAACGAACAGAGCAGACAUCUCGCAACCCUGAGAGCUCCUCUUCGAGCUCCUAAAGUGGAGAAGAAACCUUUCUCCCCAUCUGACGUGCUCAACAAACCAAUCACUAUCAAACAGGAGAAGAUGGAGUCAGAUCCCAUCCUGAACUUCAACUCUCUCAGAGACUGUCUCCCUGCCAAGGAAAACAUCAAGAAGGAGCGACAGGAGCUCAACAUUGAUCAGUUCUUCAAGAAAGAAAACUCUAUGUCUAUCAGCGUGAAUGAUAUGAGCAGCAUGGUAGAAGAAGGAUCAGGGUUCCUUGACGGGUUCUCUCCAGUGUCCCCAGCCUCGAGCGAGGGUAGCACCGACACUCUGCUGAGCAGUGGUGCUAGUGACUUGGAGACAAGUCCCCGACGAGGAAACGCUUCUCCGCUCAAGAAAACCAGAAGACGUAAAGUAACAGAAGGAGGAAACUGUCCCCAUCUGUGGCAAUUCAUCUUGGAGCUCCUUGGUGACAAGACCCACGCUCAGGUCAUCAGCUGGACUGGUGUGGAGUUCCACUUCAAGGUACACAACUCCCGAGAGUUGGCCCGUCUGUGGGGUGCCAGGAAGAACAAGCCCAGGAUGAACUUUGACAAGCUCUCCCGAGCAAUGAGAUAUUACUACGAUAAGAACAUCAUCAAACAUAUCUCUGGACAGAGACUGGUCUACGAGUUCUGCAGGAACAACGAAGACACAGUGUACUCUAAACUGUUGAAGGUAGCUGCUCAGACCAUGCCCCAGAAGCCUCUGGUGAGCCUCAGCACUGCUGCUAAACCCUCCUACUCCCCUCCUUCCUACUCCUCCUACAUGGCCCAGGAGCCCGCAGUCCAACACCCCACUACUAAAUGUAGCUUCUCUACUCCCGCCCAGCUGUACCGUGCUGAAACCUCAGCUCCUCCUCCAGCUCCAGGACCUGGUAGUUACCCUAGCUACGCUGCUAUGUACAACACAGCCCUGUACAACAGUACUGGAAGGUACCUCAACGAUCAGUUGCCCAGCAACACAACCCGGUCUACCGCUGAAUACUUUGAUCACGUGACCCCUGCAGCCGCUCCCGCCGAGCAGCAGAUCCAGCAGCCACCAAGCUACAUUCCUAACUACACCUACAACCAAGCAGCACUCAAUAUCAACGUGCAGGUGGGAGGAGGGUACAACAAAGAGAGGUUGGGAUAUUCUUACUCUCACUACACCCCCUACUAGAUAGUAUCUAGAUAUUAUCUAGAUAUGAGAUCGCACCCCCACUAUUAUAGAGACCCUACCAGUAUCAGUGCAGUUAACUUAUUCCUGUACGCGGAGGGAGCUGCGCACUAGCACGUGUGUGUCCCGGUUAUUCACGACCAUUAAACAGUGGAUAAUAUAAAGAUGAUAUUGACAAUUGAUAUAAGUAAUCGAGAGGUCCAAGAUACGGAUUCGUGUUAUUAAUUUAUAGGACGCGUUCUUUUUAACGCUCGAGAACAUAAUUUUUCUUAUGAAAAUGAACAAGGCUUAUUUACGAAGAGAACUGUUUUGUUAACCCAACAGAACUUAAACCAAAGUUGUUCCUAUGGAACACCCCCUCUUGACAAUGUUCAAACACAAGUUAAUAUUUUAUUUUUUGACAAACAAAUUUUAUUUCUAUCAAAUUCACACAGUGUUGAACAUUGUCAGGAAACACACAAUCGCAGGAUUUUUUGAAAUAAAAUACAACUCGUAAAACUGUGAUUAGUGAUAAGAUUUAACCAAAAGAUAACUCUGUUUAUGUUUUUUACUGAUCGAAGCGACCCUGAUCAGAUACUUUCUAGGAAACACCGCCAGAUCUAUAACACCCCACAUGAAUCAAACAUUUCUGCGAUUUAUAGCAUGCACAUAAAGUGCACUUUCAAUUAUUGAUUUAAAUCUGGUGGUGUUUCUUUGAAACAUAUUACUCACCCAAUGAAUGUUUUGAUGUUAAUAAUUUAUAAUUUACGCAGGAACAUUGAAUUUGAUUAACUUCCAUUUUUGGAUUAAGAAAAAGUUUUAUAAUGUUAAUGAACGAAAUUUUGUAAUAAAAUGAAUUAUAGAUGCAUUGAAUUAUUUGCAAUCUAAAGGCUAUUGAGGACCUUUAUAAGGAGCUGAAGCAAUAUUUUGCAUCAUUUUGACUGAUUAGUCAAAUUGUUGUAUAAACAUGCUCAGUCUUCCUUUGUAUAAGGUUUUUUUCAUUAGACCAAAUCCGAACGCAUUGCAACACCUCGCAUUUUCUCUGAAAAUAUUUCUAAUAAUUAUUAUAGAAAUAUUUACUUACUAUUGUUCUAGUGGGUGUUGCGAAAAGUUGGGAUUCGGCCUUAAUACAGAAGAUUAUUAUUGUUUUGUUUCACAAGUCACUUCAAAUUCAUUUCAUAAAUGAAAAACAAAGGUACACACAAAUUUACAAAAUUAACAAAUCAGGCUUAUCAUUCAUUCAACAUUCUAACACUAUCCAACUAUUUUUAUUCCAAAUGUUUACAGUAACACAUGAUCAAAGUAUGGAAGUAAGUCAUGGAAAAUUUAAUCAACAUAAUCCACCACUUACCAUCCACUAUAUUAUUAAGAUAUAUUUUAUUAUUUUAGCAUGGAAAAAACCCUCAAGAUAUUGCAAAAAAUCUUGCAUGAAUUGGCCGUCGACUUAGCACAUUUGCUGUCAUUUUGCUGUCAAUCUUCGCCGAUGUUUUAGUGGCAUAAUCUUGAGGGUUAUUGGGGAUUGUUAUUUUUGGGGACCGUAACUUUACCGAUGAACAGUGGACAUUUCGGCCGACUUUAACUCUCAGAUCAAGUUUCAUAUUAAAAAAAAUGAAACACAUGCCUAGCCGAGAAAUGUCCACUUUUCAAGUAGAGUUACGCCGAUUACCAGUCGAAAGAAAAUUGAGAUGAUACAUUGGUGAAACUGUGUAUGUUUGGCUCGAUAUUGCGUACUCAACAGAUUCACAUGUAAAAGUAAUUAAUUAUUCAAUCAAUUAAUUGAUUACAUUGUAGAUCUUUUGAGCCGCGCACGGUCAUACUCCUAAGAUUUGAGCAAGCGUGCAGAUUUUCGCCUUUGUUAAAGAAUUUAUCGCAAGCAAAUAAUUGAUUUUAAUGAGUGAUAUGCUCUGUUUUGUAGUUGAUUAUUAAUCAAAGAAAAGUUUGUGUCAUAACAAUAUUUACAUGAUCAUUUUUAGCGAGUUUAAAGCUGGAAGAAAUCGAAAUAUCCAC